AUGUCGACACAAGCGCCCGUGUCAACGGCCCCGCAGCAGCCACUUGCGAGUCCAACCACAAUCAUACCCGAAUGGGAUUCCAAUGCUGUGCAAACAUACAAAGCUGGAGUCACAGCAACAACUUCACACUCAAGGAAUCGUCCUGCUACGAAGGCAGUGUUGCAGGAGAAGUUCAAUGCCGUCCUUCCUCAAUCGCGGUCAUAUUUUGGGCUCAAGCGACGUACUUUCCUCAUCGUUCUUGCCUGUACAGUUCUAGCAUUACUGGCUCUCAUCAUUGGUCUAGCUGUUGGCUUGACUAGGCAUUCGAAAGGCGGUCAAAAUCUACCAUUACCAACAAACAGCGAACAGCAUGAGGGAGACCUUACAUACUACGGUACUGGGUUAGGUAGUUGUGGUUUUACGUCUUCUGAAAGCGACAUGAUUGUUGCCGUAUCUCACUACGUCUUUGAUGCGGCGUCUAGAAGCUCCGAUCCCAAUCAGAAUCCGCUGUGUGGUCUGAAGCUCAGAGCAUCGAGAUACGAUGAGCAGGUUGGAGAAAGAAGAAGCGUUGAUCUGAAGGUCGUUGAUCGAUACCUUGAUGUGUCUCCAGCAGCCUUUGACAAACUCGCAGCCAGAGCCAGUGGUAGAGUCGACGUGACUUGGGCAUGGCUGUCCCCUCAAGCCACCGCCUGA